AAUUGGCUAAGUAUUUUCCUGAAUUUACCCCAUUCGUUGAAUCACUUAAAAAUUACUCUUUAUGUGAACGGCAUUAUAACCAGAUCGUCGCCAAACCUUCUUUUAUUAAACAAUUAACAAACGAAUCAGGUUUUUUAAAUUUAGAUGAGAAUGAAAGAAAAAGGUUAAAACUCUCUAACGAUAAUGAAAAAAAUUUUGCUGAUUUUGGCGUACAAGUUGAACCAACUUCCGUCGACUUUGGAGUUCAAGUAUCUUUGUCAACUAUCAACGUUGGAGUUCAAGUAUCUUUGCCGACAGUUGACUUUGGAGUUCAAGUAUCUUUGCCGACCGUUGACUUUGGAGUUCAAGUAUCUUUGCCGGAUCUAAAAUAUGAAAUUCUUUUAGAACAAAUUAGUAAGCUAGAAAGUGCUAAUGCACAAUUGUUAGCUGAAAAUAAAGCAUUAAAAAAAAAGUUAUGCGAAAGAUUUACUAACCAACAAGAUCGCAUUAA